ACCCCCUCGCCCAUCAAACUCCCUCCCCAGCUGCUCUGCAUCGACGAUAUGACUGGACGCCCCACCAAGACCAACAAACUCGUCUUAGCAGUCAAGAAACGUCUGGGGAGGGAUCUCACGAGGGAUGAGGCACUCAAACUUGCAAACGCCAUGCGCCUUCGGCAGAUGCAGGAUCGGGUCUACAAGCCGCGGAUGGAGCUAUGGGACGACGGCGAGAGCGCGACCAUAACGGCUCUCUUCGAGCUGCCGGGGCUGGGACCCGACCAGGUCCUUCUCGACGUGGUCGAUGGCCGACUUGUCGUCCAAGGGGAGCGCAGGCCUUUGCGCCUCUCAGCCGCAGACCCCGAGCGCGUCCAGACGCCAACCGAGACUUCUGGUUCCUCCCAGAUUCGGGAGUUGAAGUACGGCACGUUUCGCCGCGCGAUUAGUGUUCCUGCCGGCUGCACCACCGACCAUUUGGUCGCUACGCUCGAGCACGGAAUGCUGUCGGUUUCCUGGCCGCGCUCUCCCGGCCCCUCCGAUCUUCAGCAGAACGUCGAUUCCGAUGUCCCUGCCGAUUCCUCCGACAAUUCCAUCGCCCCGACGCGUUUUGGAGGGAGUGCCGCGUCUCGUUCUUCUUACUAGCCAUCUACAAUACGCCCCCGUUUAUACCUAUCUUAUCACUGGAAUUCUCUUGCGUUCUUCCCCUGUACACUAUCCUGCUAUACACACCACUCU